UGUUUGGUCAUGGGUUGGACUCGAGGUCUCUUCCAACCUGAUAGAUUCUGAUUCUAUGAAAACAAAACACAAGAGGAGGCCUCUGGUGAACUACAGCUUUUCACCAGAGCCGGUCGGCCGGCUCUGCUAUCCAUACAGGGCAGCGACGCGAGCAGCACCUCGCUGCUUGUGGCUCCCCACGGUGGGGGACCCAGCUCUUUUCCUUCCCCGUUUUUUUAUGUUUCCACCGGCCCCGCCUCCCCACGGAGCCGUCACGGCCCUGGCGCAGGCGCGGCUCGGCCAUGUCGGCGGUCGUGGAGCGGCGCUUGGCCGAGUUCCGCGCCGCCCGCGGUAGUGCUGCGGCCGCUCCGCGCCCCGCGGACCCGCCGGGAGUGCCCACGGCUCCGGAGCCCGCCGAGGGACCGCGGGCCGCAGUGGGCCCGGGCGGCGGCGCCGUCCAUCCCGCCCCGGCGCCGGCGGCUCCGGUGUGGGCGCGCCCGCUGCUGCUGAAGGUGCUUCUCUGGGCCGUGCUGCUGGCGCUUUUCGCGGAGCUGGAGCUGGGGCUGCCCUACUUCGUCCUCUCCUUGCUCUACUGGAUGUACGCCGGCACCCGCGGCCCCGCCGAGCGGCGGCCCGGCGAGCUCAGCGCUUACUCCGUGUUCAACCCCGGCUGCGCCGCCAUCGCCGGCACGCUGACGGCCGAGCAGCUGGAGCGGGAGCUGCACUACCGGCCCGCCGCGGGCAGGUAGCGGCGGCCCGGCGGGGACAGCCGCUGUGCUGGGCCGGCCCCGCCGCCGCCGCCGCCGCCGCCGCCGUCCCAAGGACCCGAGGAAGGGCCGACGGGGGAGGAGACGGGGGCUGUUUCUGUGCAAAACGCCUUCUUGAGCCUUACUGCUGGCCCCGAGUCCCCCGGAGCCGUCCGGUCCCGAAUAAAGCCGUAG